AUGGUUGGCCCAAAGACUCUCAGAUUGAGAUGGAACCCAGUCUUAAGGUCCGCGCACCUGGGUGAUGCAUAUUGGCUCUGCGUCCCCAUCAGGCAGCCGGCCCAAGUCCGCCAGCUUACGACGAUUAAACCCCCCUCACCGUGCGAGCGUACAGCACACGAUGGGACCCUUUUUCGAUUCACCCGCGGCCGCUUCCUCACCGACGAAGCCAGUGAAUUGGCCAAGAGACAUGUCCGUUUUGACGUCGAUGAGCUCGCCCGGUUUGCUGUUCGGGCUGCAGAGGCGGCAAGUAAUGGACCGCGAACGUGUAUCGGCGUUGAAAAAAUGGCAGACGGAAUGCACAAUAAGGCUAUACGUUUCACAAUGGACAAUGGGUUCCAAGCGGUGGGCAAAGUUCCGAAUCCGAAUGCUGGGCUUCCGCACUUCACCACUGCCUCGGAAGUCGCUACGAUGGACUUCAUGACCAACGUCCUCGGUACGCCAGUUCCCAAAGUUCUUUCGUGGAGUUCUUCGACCGACAAUCCUGUUGCGGCGGAGUACAUCGUAAUGGAGAAUGCACGCGGCGUACCACUGAGUAGCCUGUGGGACAAACUUGGCGCGCCGGUCAAGUUCAAGGUUCUUGAAAAAGUCGCCUCCUACCAGGAGCUCUGGUCCCAGGUUUGCUUUUCGCAGUAUGGGAGUCUGUACUACCGAAGUGACCUCGACCAGUCAAGUCCCAACCUCCGGUACACCGAUAAAGAUGGGAAUCUCGUCGUCGACGAGAGGUUCGCUGUUGGGCCUUCGGUUAGUCGGCAGAAUGUCGAUGAUGGCAGGGCAAAGUUUGAUUUUGACCGAGGCCCCUGGGAUACAUUAGACGCUUAUGAACGGGCAACUGGAGAGCGCGAAGCUUAUUGUAUCAAAAGUAUGGAGCAAUUACCACAAUCGCCCAUUGCUAUUCACUAUUCGGGGACGUACCAGCCAUCGCGUGAGACAAAGGUUUUCGCCAUCGAAAGCUACCUCAAGGUGGUAAAUUUCUUACUACCCGAGGACGAGGACAUAUCAGCGUCCUGUAUCUGGCAUGACGACUUGCAUAUCGAGAAUGUCUUUGUCAAUCCAGAGGAUCCAUCAGAGAUAUGCGCCUUCAUUGAUUGGCAAUCUACAGAACUCGCCCCGCUAUACCAUCACACCAUCGAGCCUUAUAUCCUAGACUACAAUGGCCCACCACUCGAAGGCCUCCUCGACCGACCGGAGCUCGCCGACGUCAAAGCGCUGUUCCAGGAUGAACAUCACCAAGCAGUCGCAACCCGCAAAGCGGAGUCCUUAUUUACUAGCAUGUCUCUGCUCGCGCUGUACAGAUAUCUCCUGCACAAAACAGAAUCUACUCUAAAUUCUAAAUCUUAG